GGGGGGGAGGGCGGGCACCAGGACCCUGCGGGAAGCAGCAGUGCGGAGGAGCCUUUGUUCAGACUGAGUGCGACUGCAGCUGCAGCUUUGGAGCGGAGAUCUGAGUGGGAGCGGAGCGGAGGGACCGACCGACCGACCGACCAUGGCGCUCAACCUCAGCAACAACAGACUGGCUCUGCUGACAGCGUAUGAGGAUGUCAUCAACGAGAAGACCUCCACCGACUGGGCCCUGUACACUUACGAAGAGGAUACAGAUAAUCUUAAACUGGCAGAUUCUGGAGCUGGUGGCCUGCAGGAGAUUGCCAUAAAAUUCGACAACCAAAGUGUGAUGUACGGUUUCUGCAGCAUCAAAGACUCUGGUUCCGGCCUGCCUAAAUACGUUCUGAUAAACUGGGUGGGUGAAGAUGUGGAUGAUCAUCGGAAGUGUACCUGUGCCAGUCACGUAGCCACAAUCGCAGACUUCUUCCAGGGGGCUAACGUCAUUGUUAAUGCCAGCAGCCCAGAGGAUGUGGACUCCACUGCUAUCCGUCAGAAACUGACCAAUGGCACAAUAAACGUUUCAAGCCCAGUAUUGCGUCGGCUGCAUCUGAAGGAGGAGGAGGAGUUGGCUCCAGUGGGGACAACAUAUCAGAAGACGAAUGCUGCAAUUGAAAUGAAACGAAUCAACCGAGAAUUAUUCUGGGCGCAGGCAAAGAGAGAGGAGGAGCUAAGAAAAGAGGAAGAGCGAAAGAAAGCAAUUGAAGAAAGAGAGAAAUUUGAAAAGGAGCGAAUGGAACAGGAGAAGAAAGAACAAGAAGAAAGGGAGAGAAGGUACAGAGAGCGAGAGAAACAGAUAGAGGAAGAAAGGAAGAAACUGCAGAACCUGGAAACUGACGAUAUGCAAGAUACAACCAGGCAAACCGGCAUCUGGGAUUCGCAGAAGGAUGGAGCAGAAGAGGACGAUGAAGAGAAAAGGCAAUCCAAGAUCAGUGAUUCUGCUGAAAAAGCAGCGGAAGCUGCGGCUCUUAUUGCACAGCGUGAUGGGAAUCCUAGGGAAUUCUUUAAGCAGCGAGAACGAGCCAUGACAACAAGUUUUGAGACGGUACAUUUUCCAGGCCAAAAAUUAGCUCACCAGACACAGUUUGAGUCUCCCAGACAGGAAGGCACGACCUCCCUCAAUGCUCCUGAAUCAAGUGUAGUUGGAACACCAAUAUAUGAAGAGAAUGAAGAGUUUGGAAACGAAAGGAUUGUGAAAAACAUCCAGGGCAAGUCUGAGACUAUAUUUCAAGAACAACAACCAGUUCGAUAUGAAGAGCCACUGCCAGAACAAAAAAUCACCAGCUACACUGAAGAGCCUGGUCUUGUAAACGUGUGGCCUGAGGCGCCAAGCUUUAUACACACUGAAGAAUCAGUGCAUAUUUCCCAGGCAGGCCUCUUAAGUACUGAGGAGCAAAGUCUUGCGAACACUGAGAAACCACAAACCAAUGAGAAUUUGCUGGACCUUUGGGAAACCAAUGGAAUAGAUGAGCUACCCUUAAAAUCACACAGUGUGCUAGAGGAAAAGCAAUCGAUCCGCACCAGUACUGGGGAAACGGAACUGAUUUUAAAUCUGAAGAGCCCACCUUCGGAUGAGACUGUGUCAACGCAUGCAGGUGUUGAAGGAAAUAACCAAGUGAUUGUGAACUUCCAGGAGUCAGCAGGACAGCCUGCAGGAUGGGAGUGCACUGAACAGGGGCAACAGCCAACUCGGAGCAGUGCAGCACCUGAGGAAGAAAACUUGCUGUGCUUCGAUGGCAAUGAGGGUCUGCCGGAGCCACCUCCAGACUGCCUUGAUUCACAGCAGUGGGAGAAUCUGCCAAGCCUCAUAGAACUUGAAGGGCCACAAGAGAUGAGUGGAGACUAUUGCUUUGGAUUGCAGGAGCUGCCCAAGUCCCACGAUGCCGAGGCUGUUCAAGAAUUUGUCAACCAGUCGCAGGAUGAGUAUAUUAUCGGUCACGUUGAGGAAACGACCAGUAAAAUACCAGAAAUUGAUAUCACCUAUUGUGACAACGACACGGACACAGACCCAGAACAUUCUCCAGCAGACUGAACCCACUCUGGCUGUAGCCUUGAGGAGACUCCAGUCUGACAAUUAAUGCUUCAAGAAAAUGAAUGACGAAAAUUGCUAAGUUUAAUUUAGUCUGUGUUUACGAUUUUUAUCUGUAAUAAUUUGAAUGUAUUAUUUUCUAAAUUAACCUUCUUGUAUAUUAAUUCCACUCACAGCUGCUAGGUAUAGUCUGCUGAAGCUGGCAUAAUGUGACUGGUAGUGUUAACUAUCACUGACUGCUUUUCAAGCACCAUUUUCAAAAGCACAAAUUUUGUGAAAUGCUAAUUGCUGUUGUAUGAAAAUAAAGAAUUUCUGAAAAUCUA